GUGUCAUGCUGAGAUCUUGUGGCUGGGCCCCACGGUCACCAGGGCAAGGCUAUCUUGUGAUUCACUGCUAAGGAUCUUAAGCCCACCUUGGCCUCGACCUCGUUGGAAAAGGAAGCUCCCCGCAGGGCCCCGGCCUGUAGGGCUGCUGUGCGGGCGGGGGUGGCCGGGACGCGCUCCGGAGCGCACUGCGUGGUCGCGCCCUACCCGGGCUGCCUUGGAAGUCGUCCCCGCCGCCCCUCCGCGCCAGCAUGAAGCUCAUCGUGGGCAUCGGAGGCAUGACCAACGGCGGCAAGACCACGCUGACCAACAGCCUGCUCAGAGCCCUGCCCAACUGCUGCGUGAUCCAUCAGGAUGACUUCUUCAAGCCCCAAGACCAAAUAGCAGUUGGGGAAGAUGGCUUCAAACAGUGGGACGUGCUGGAGUCCCUGGACAUGGAGGCCAUGCUGGACACGGUGCAGGCCUGGCUGAGCAGCCCGCAGAAGUUUGCCCGUGCCCACGGGGUCAGCGUCCAGCCAGAGGCCUCGGAUACCCACAUCCUCCUCCUGGAAGGCUUCCUGCUCUACAGCUACAGGCCCCUGGUGGACUUGUACAGCCGCCGGUACUUCCUGACUGUCCCGUAUGAAGAGUGCAAGUGGAGGAGAAGUACCCGCAACUACACAGUCCCUGAUCCCCCUGGCCUCUUCGACGGCCACGUGUGGCCCAUGUACCAGAAGUAUAGGCAGGAGAUGGAGGCCAACGCUGUGGAAGUGGUCUACCUGGACGGCAUGAAGUCCCGAGAGGAACUCUUCCGUGAAGUCCUGGAAGACAUUCAGAACUCGCUGCUGAACCACUCCCAGGAAUCAGCCCCCUCCCUGGCUCGCCCAGCCAGGCCACAGGGACCCCGACGCGGAUGCGGCCACAGAACGGCCAGGCCUGUGGCGUCCCAGCCGGACAUCGUGUGACCGUUUCCCUAUGGGGUGGUCUGUACGUAGGAGAGUGGAGCCCCACUCCCAGUUGGGCGUCCUGGAGCUCAGGGACUGAGCCCCAAGAUGCCUCUGUAACCUCGCUGCAGCUUAGAUAUUAAACUGGGUCCUGUUUUUUUAA